CACAGAAAUAGCUGAGCGGCGCAUUUUAGAGACGGGGGACGAGCACACGACUGCCGCAAUGCCGAGCUCGUGUAAAGACCUGCGUACGUUGGACCCGACUCACUCAGUUUGGCUUGUGGCUCGGUCAUGAGCGCUUCUCAUGGCUGCACCAUAUGACAGACCCCUUCGCAUAUGACAUGACAUUGAACGUUGAACGUUGAACAUUCCUCCCUAUGGAGCAAAUGGGUAGUCCGCUAACACCUGCAACAGGCCAGGCACUGGCCGAAUGCCUCCAGGAAUCAGACUGUAUCAUGGUCCAGCGGAACACACCCCAGGAAUGUCUGCGUUCCCCAAACCUCGAGCAAUUGCCUAUCAAAUGUCAGCAGCUGAAGAAGGGUCUCAGCGAGUGCAAACGAGGAAUGGUAGACAUGCGCAAACGGUUCCGCGGCAACCAACCUUUCCAUCUAGCCAAGGAGACAGACAGUGUUACCGGCGAAAUCGUCGAGAAGAAGAAACCGGUCCCUCAGCUCUACGCUGGUCGGCCGGCGUACCAGGGUGUCAAGGAAAUAAGCGGCGACGAAGUGCAGAUGGACCCUGAGAAGACCAGGGGUUUGUAAGAGCUGACCUUGUGAUUUGCCGGGUGCCCCGUGUGGGUGCUCUUCGAUGCCUAUAUUUCUACAGGGUGGAGGGAGGAGUUUCUUAGACUUGCAUAUCUAUUUCAUUUUGCUCUGAAGCAUAGGGAAUCUUGACGAGCAUGGGCGUUUUUGAUUUAUGGGCUAUAAAUGUACAAUAUGGAAAUGUCUCUAUUAUCAAGAAACUAGAACUCUGCAGAUAUGUAUAAAAAACACAUUUUCACGACUCUCAAGGAAAAUCAUACCGUCACUUUUUUUCAUGUAUCAUACAAAGUAG